AUGUCCUCACAGCACGAUUCUAGAGGAGAUGAGAAAUUACACCAUCAAAGAUCGGCUAAUGCACUGUCGAGAGGAGCUGACCAAAGCACGUCCAAUUCAGACCAACACGCAUCAAUUGAUUACCAAGGGUUAGCUGCUGAGUCUGCUGCUGCUACUGCAUCCGCUGCAAUGGCUGCUUUGGGUCAAAGACAAACUCGUCACCAUCUGAACCAAAAUCAACAUAUUCAGCACCAACAACUUCAGCUUCAACAACAACAACAACAGCAGCAGCAGCAGUAUGCACAGGUUCUGAAACAGCCACAAGUAGAGCCAUCUACUCCUACAACUGAUGCUGAAUCUGUUUCAGAGUUGGACAAUUCAACCGUGUCACAAGCUCUAGCUCACAUCAACAGCAUUAAGAACCCACAUAGAAUCAAAUUGUCCACCCAAGAUGUCAAAUUAAUCUUGUAUUUAAUUGUUGAAAUUAAACCUUUUAAAUAUGUUGGUAAUCGUGCAUUGAGUCAAACUAAGAAAUGGGAAAUUAUACAAAACAAGUAUUAUGAUUUGAAAUUUAGAGAAAAUAACGAUACAAACUUCAUCAUUCCAACUGUUCGUACUUUACAACGUCAACUUGCUGGUGCAGUUAAAAAGGCACAAAAACAGAGAGGUAAAGAAAGGGCUGGAGGAUUUGACCGAACUCACACCAUUCCUCAAACUUUACCUGAAAUUGAUGCUGAUGAUUAUUACAACUUCAGACACAUUUCUCCCAAUAGUCCACAAGAGGAAUUAGAGAGCGCUUUGUUGGAUUUGCACGAGUUGAGUGAUAAGAUAAAGGAAUUGAAAUCCCAAAGUAAUAAUUUAGUUAAAGUUAGUUAUCAACCACGCACCAAAACAUUAACAGGUGACGCAUUUAAUGAUGACGAAAAUGGAAUCCCCAGAAGAGGUGGUGGUAGUGGAGCUGUAUCCACUGCUGAUACUAGAGAUGCUACUUCCCAUUUAGAGGAAAUUCUGAAUGUUUUAAGUCAUAGAAUUUUCAACUUGAAACAAGAACUUGAAAAUGAUUCCACCAUUCCACCAAAACAAAAACAGACAUUUGAAUUAUUAGAAUCAGUAUUCAACCAUACUAAUGAAAUGAGAGGCUUAGUUGCACAAGAAAACGAAGCUUUGAAUAAACAAAUAAAUAAAUUGAUUAGUAACCAUUUGGAAAAAAUUGAACGUGUUAGAUCUCAAUUUAAUGUUCAGCAAUUGGAAUCGAUUGAAAAGAUUACUGAUUUGUUUAAAGAAGAUUUCAAGCAAGCUGGCAAGUCAAAAACUAUUCUUGAAAAACUUGAUUCUAUUAAAGAAUUGCUCAAAUAA